GGCCGGGGUCUGAAAUAAAUCGCCCAACGCCAAAUCAACCAAGAAAUCCCAAACCAGUCCCCUCAGUUUCUCCGCCAACCGUGACUCCGUUUUUCAUAUAAGUUUACACCUGCUUCUCUCUCUUUCAUUGUUCACCUUCACUUUUUUUUCUCUCUCCUUCUACGCUCUGCAUUUUCUGGCAGAUCUAAAUGGCUUCGAUUUUCCAGGGAUUGGGGGCUUCGACGGCUCUUACGCCCUCCAAUUCAUUGGAAUCCAAGAAAUUUCUUCUGCCGUCGCGCAGGCCCUUCUCAGGGAAGAAAGGGGUCGUUUUUACGGUUAGAUCAGAGGGGAGCGUGAACUUGAACCUGGGUUUGAACACGAAAGUUAGCAGAGCGGAGCAUUUGAUUACCAAUGCAGUUGCAACAAAGGCUGAUAGUUCUGCUGCUUCCACGACAUCUAAACCUGGUCAUCAACUCUUACUUUUUGAGGCCCUACGUGAAGGCUUGGAAGAAGAAAUGGACAGAGAUCCUAGCGUGUGUGUGAUGGGUGAAGAUGUGGGUCACUAUGGAGGCUCAUACAAAGUGACCAAAGGCCUGGCUACAAAGUAUGGGGAUCUCAGGGUUCUUGACACUCCUAUAGCUGAGAACUCCUUCACGGGGAUGGGCAUUGGAGCUGCAAUGACUGGUCUGAGGCCAAUUGUCGAGGGCAUGAACAUGGGAUUUCUCCUUUUGGCUUUCAACCAGAUCUCCAACAACUGUGGCAUGCUUCAUUAUACAUCUGGUGGCCAAUUUACCAUACCAAUAGUUAUCCGUGGACCUGGUGGAGUUGGUCGGCAACUGGGGGCUGAGCACUCUCAACGUCUUGAAUCAUAUUUUCAAUCAAUCCCUGGAAUCCAAAUGGUGGCAUGCUCUACCCCUUACAAUGCCAAAGGCUUGAUGAAGGCUGCAAUCCGUAGCGAGAACCCAGUUAUACUUUUCGAGCACGUUUUGCUUUACAACCUCAAGGAGAGCAUUCCAGAUGAAGAGUAUAUAUGCAAUCUUGAGGAAGCUGAGAUGGUUAGGCCCGGGGAGCAUGUUACCAUUUUGACCUACUCACGGAUGAGGUAUCAUGUCAUGCAGGCUGCCAAAACUUUAGUGAACAAGGGAUACGAUCCUGAGGUUAUUGAUAUCCGGUCCUUGAAACCAUUCGAUCUUCACACGAUUGGAAAUUCAGUCAAGAAGACACAUCGGGUGCUGAUUGUGGAGGAAUGCAUGCGGACUGGAGGAAUUGGUGCCAGUUUAACUGCAGCUAUCAAUGAAAAUUUCAAUGAUUAUUUGGACGCUCCAAUCGUUUGCUUGUCGUCACAAGAUGUACCAACACCAUAUGCCGGGAGUUUGGAAGAAUGGACUGUCGUUCAGCCUGCUCAGAUUGUGACAGCAGUGGAGCAGCUCUGCCAGUAGUUGCAAUACACCACAAACCAAUUGUGUGUAAGCUUCUGUCUGAUAGCAUUUUCAUGUUCCUUUUAAGCAAAACUUCCCCUUACCUUGGUCUAUCUCUUGAGUUGUUUUUCUUUUUCAAUUUCAGAUUUUGUUAGCAAUUCUUGUGUUAUUAUGACUGAAACUUAAACUCAAGAUGGCUUUGGUUGCUAAGUUGAGGGUUAGCAACUGUCAUGUAUUUGGAAAUGUUGUUUUUUCAUAGUUUUAAACUUUGAA